CAAACCAGACCGCCGUCCCUCCCCUCCCCUCCCCUCCCCUCUUCUCCAGAGAUCCACAAACCCUAUCCCCACUCCAACAUGGCCGCCCGCCUCAAGGACCGCGGCGGCGGCGCCGGCAGCAGCGGCGUGAAGGCGGCCUCCACCGCCGCCCCCGCCGCCCCGCGCGCGCUCACGCCCAGGCCGUUCCCCCUCUCCUCCUCCGCCUCGCGCCGCACCCCAGGCGCCGCCGCGGGCAAGGAGAACUCGGCGUCGAAGCUCUCCAAGCCGCAGCCCACGUCCGCCGUGCGGUGGUCCACCUCCUCGAUCCCGAGGGCCAGCAGGAUCCCGGGGGGCUCCGUCGAGCCCUCCUCCAGGCUCGUCUCCACGCUCCGCGCCGCCGCCGCGCUUCCCGCGGGGAGGCCCUCCCUCGGGAAGGACGCGGAGCCGGGCCUGCGGCGGAGCGUCAGCGGCGGGAUCAGGUCCGUUUCCACCGAGAGGGGGCGGAGGUCGGUGAGCGGGGCCGCCAGGCCCUCAGAUGCCGCCAGGGGUGGCACAGGCGGCGCCGCUGCCCGGGCUUCAGAUGCUGCCGCUCACGAGAUCGGCUCGAGGAGCCUAGGGUUCGAUUCGAGGGGGCGGAGGGCGAAGGCGGCGGAGGAGAUCAGCAGGAAAAGAGAGAUCUUGGAUGCCAAGGCCAAGCAGGCGGAUUGCGCUGGCAGGAGCAGGGAGAGCCUUGAUGCAAAGGCGAAGCAGAUCGGCGGGAGAAAAGUGAGCCUGGAUGUGAGUGCGGUGAAGCAAUGCGAUGUGUUCAGAGAGAGCAGCGGAGCAUCUGACUCCAGUGUGAAGAAGCAGAGUGAUGAGGGAAAUGGGAAAAGGCAGGGCAUCUUCGAUGCGAGGGCAAGGCUUGGCGAUGAGAUUAGUAGGAAGCAAGAGGAGGGGCAUGACCUCAAGCUGGUGAACGAGAUCAGUUCCAAGAAUGUUGUUGCUGGCCUUACUGGUUCAGGGGAGGUUUCUGCCAAAGCCUUCUCUGCUACCCAGAGCGACUGUGAUGGAGGUAACAGCUCUGUUAUUCCCGUGUUUACCGUGCACGUGGUAGACUCGGAUGAUGUUUGUUCAGGAGUGAGAGAACAUCAAAAGAAGCCCGAGGAGUGUAAUAAGCAGGGAGAGAAGGGGAAAUUGGCUGACAAGAUUAGAGUUUUCGAGAAAGCAGCAACAAGUGGCGAGGGAAAAUCGGUGAAAGCUUUGUGCAGUGUGAACAAGUACCCAAGCAAGCUGCAUGAGAAACUAGCUGCGUUGGAAGGGAGGGUUCAGAAGAUUGCCACCGAUAUUAAGAAGACCAAAGAGAUGCUGGACGAGAACAACCCAGAUGAGCCAAAGCAGAUAUUGUCAAAUAUCCAGAAAGAGAUUAAUGCAAUUGAGCAGGCGAUUUCUCAUGUCAAAGUUGACAAUAAGAGUCAGUUAGGUACUGAGGAUAACAGUGACUGCGAGAUCUCUCAUGCUAAGAAGGGUGCGAGUGAGAAAUCUGUUGCCGUGAAGCCACGUGACCUGAAGAAUGCUGGAAAAGGAAUGAAUACCGAUGAACUGGAGGCAAGGUUUUUCCCACAUCAUAAACUAUUGAGGGAUCGUAAGACUUCUAGUGCUACUCAACAGGAGUCAUGUGUGGCUCUGAUAAAAGGCUGUAAUGAAAAAAUAGAACCUCGUACCGUCGAGCCCCGUGAUGAUGAGAACAGUAUAGCCAUGGAAUUUCUGGCUUCUUUAGAUGGCGAAGAGAGUGACUUCUUCAAGGAUCGCAGAGCUAAGAACUUGGAAAAGCACAUGAUUUGUGAAGCAGCAGAUGCUAGUGGUAAGACGUCUAGCCAAGGUAGCUCAAAGAUUCCAGAUGGUUCAACUAAUGAAGUGGAAAUGGAAUUGUGUGGUGAGAACCUAGAAGAGUUUGAUGAGCAGGAAAACAAGUCAUCGAUGGCGAUCCAGGAGGAAACUGAGGAGUCUUCCAUUGAUCAAUUAUCAGGGAUAGGUAAUAAGUCUGCAACAGGUGGAUGGUUUGUUUCAGAGGGGGAAGCUGUUCUUCUUGCUCAUGGAGAUGGCACCUGCUCUUAUUAUGAUAUUGCAAACCAUGAGUUCAAGUCUGAAUAUAAGCCUCCCAGUGCAGUAUCACAUAAUACUUGGGGUGAUUGCUGGUUGAUUCGUGCCCCAGGUGUAGAUGGAUGCUCUGGUAGAUAUGUGGUCGCAGCAUCUGCUGGUAAUGCAUUGGAGCCUGGGUUUUGCAGCUGGGAUUACUACAACAGAGAAGUGCAAGCAUUUCAUGUCGAGGAGGAGGCAUCUCUUGCUCCUGUACCAUCAGCCAGGACAGUUCUUGGGCCUCUUCCUAAUAUAGGUUCAUCAAGAUCUAGUUCUGCUAUUUCAACCAUAGAACGGCCGCAAUGGUGGUACAGACCAUGCGGACCUCUCCUCCUUUCUACUGCUAGCAAGCAGAAGAUGGUCACGGCUUAUGACAUCCGCGAUGGCGAUGUAGUGAUGAAAUGGGAAGUAAGCAGUCCAGUACUCGGAAUGGAGUACUCCAGCCCACUACAGUGGCGUAGUAGGGGGAAGGUCGUUAUUGCUGGGACCGAAUCAAUUGGGUUGUGGGAUGUGAAUUCGCUUAACCCACAACCCCUGUUAUCUGUUGCUUCUACUGGUAAAAGAGUUUACUGCCUUCAUGUUAACAACACGGAUGCUGAGGUGGGCGGAGGAGUUCGUCAAAGAGUCAGUUCAUCCGAGGUGGAGGGAAAUGAUGGUGUUUUCACUACGCAAGAAAGUGUUAAUGUAUUUGACUUCCGUGUACCUUCUGGCAUCGGUCUUAAAAUGGCAAGAAAUGGUGGAACGGCGAACUCAGUCUUCUCACGUGGAGACUCAGUAUUUAUUGGUACCACAGAAGGCAGGCUGCAAAUAAAAGGGGGGCCGAAAUCACGAGUUCAGCAGUAUUCACUGAAAAAGGGGAGGCUUGUUGCAACCUAUGAAUUACCGGAGUUUAAUGCCCACUUCCAUCACUCUUCGAUUACCCAAGUGUGGGGCAAUUCCAAUGUUGUCUUGGCUGCAUGCGGUAUGGGAUUAUUUGCUUUUGAUGCCUUCAGUGAAGAAGGCGUCCAACAAACUUACAGCUUUGACCGCGGGAACACCAUUGGAGCAAGAGAGGUUAUUGGCUCUGAUGAUUUAUACUGCCCUACAUUUGAUUACUCAUCAUCGAGGGUUCUUCUUGUCUCGAAAGACCGUCCAGCCCAUUGGAGGUACUUGUCAUAGUCUGUCUGUUUAUUGUGUGCAUCAUGUGACAUGUAAAAUAUGUACUGUCCUUAUGCUUUGAUUGUGUAGUCAUUUGUCGUGAUAAGCAUCUUGCUUUCAUUGUAUUAUCGGAUAAUUCUGGCUCUUACUGAGUUAAGUUAUGUCUAUUGUAUCUUGUUUUGUUCA